CGGUCACGGUGUUAUCGCCUUCUCCGUCUUCUACCCUAAACCCUGAAACCUUAUCCCUAAGAAGCACAGAGCAGUCAAAAAAAUUUCAAGCGUUAGCCAUGGCUGCCUCCGCUUCUUCUCUUGCACUCUCCUCCUUCAACCCUAAAUCCCUUCCUCUCUGCGUCUCCAAACCCGCUUCGUUCUCUUUCUUACCUCUUUCCGUCUCGUUUAAACUUCAAUCCGGACCCGUCAAGGCCUCUCUCUUCGCUUCCUCCGCCGCGAAAUGCCUCUCCGCCGGUUAUUUCCCGUCGCGGUUCGUGAGAAAAGUCGCCGUUUCCUCGGACUUCGAGGUGGAGGAAGACGGUGCCGAGGAGGAGGAGCCUGGCUUCUCUCCUGAUCUGAAGCUCUUCGUGGGUAAUCUUCCGUUUAGUGUCGACAGUGCUAUGCUCGCUGAGCUGUUCGAGAGCUCGGGAUCUGUUCAGAUGGUUGAGGUAAUUUACGACAAGACGACUGGCAGAAGCAGAGGUUUUGGGUUCGUGACAAUGUCUUCCAUUAAGGAAGUUGAGGCAGCAGCUCGACAGUUCAAUGGCUAUGAAUUUGAAGGCAGACCCUUGCGAGUGAACGCGGGUCCUCCACCAAGGAGGGAAGAAUCCUUUUCCAGAGGGCCCAGAACCAGCUUCCCUGGUUCAGGUUCAGGUUCAGGUUCGGGUUCAGGUUCAGGUUCGUCAAACCGUGUUUACGUGGGCAACCUUGCCUGGGAAGUAGAUGACAUGGCACUCGAGAGCUUAUUCAGCGAGCAAGGAAAGGUGGUUGAGGCCAGGGUCAUAUAUGAUAGGGACAGUGGUAGAUCCAAGGGUUUUGGAUUUGUGACAUACAGCUCUCAUCAAGAAGUGAAAAACGCCAUCAGAUCCUUGAACGGUGCUGAUCUUGACGGCAGACAAAUACGAGUCUCGGAGGCCGAGGCUAGGCCGCCAAGACGCCAAUUUUGAAGCACCCACGUCAGUGCCUAUCCUUGGACGGCACUUAUAAGCAUAUGGGUUUUGUGGGAUGAUGAUGAUGCAUGUUCAGACCGCAUGCUCGGAUCAUGUCUGGGAUGCAUGAAGUGAUGGAACGGUCCUUUCUGGGAACUUUGGGUUAGGGUUUUCAGGCUGAGGGCUCCUUACGUUCUCUGUCUAUGUGAAUGCUGGGAUUGACUGCUUCGUUUUGGCAUUGUGGCUUAUGUUCAGAUCCUUUUCGCCAUGAAAUUUGUACGCUGGUUGUUUUGUUUUAUUUUAUUUUAUUUUUAAAGAAACCCGCUCUUAUAUUAUCCACUUGUGUGAGUGUUAACAAUAAAAAAUCUUUUUGGA